AACCAGUGCUGCCAGUCGCUGUGAAGAUGAUGUCAUUCGUAGGAGACUCGAAGAGAAGCGGGGAGACGAGAUGUAAAGAAGACGAGUCAGUGUUGAUGUGUUCCUUCCGUGGCCGUGUAUGGAGGAGCAUGUGUUCUACUAGUAUGAAGGAGUUAACAGCUUGGCAAUUGGUUGGUCACAUAGAUGCAAUAACUUUCUAAAGAUGUGUAGAGCACUUCUUAUUUAAUUUCCCCUUUCCUAGUACCGUUCUCCUUUGCUUAUAAAUUCAAGAAUGCUUGGAUUUAUCUGGGCCCGGCAAUCUGGCUUGGAUAGUCCAGUUCGUCUGAAACGUGCAGAAAGUACACGGAGAGUACUUAGUCUGGAAUUAAACAAAGAUAGGGAUGUUGAAAGAAUGCAUGAAAAUGGCAUAAAUUCCCUUGAUAUUGAGCCUGUAGAGGGACGAUACAUGCUGUCUGGAGGUGCUGAUGGUAUUAUUGUUCUUUAUGACUUAGCAAAUUUUAGUAAAUCUCCAUCGUACACCUGUAAAGCACUAUGUAAAGUGGGCAAAAGCCACCCUGAUGUACAUAAAUUCAGUGUAGAAACAGUUCAGUGGUACCCCCAUGACACUGGUAUAUUUACCUCAAGCUCAUUUGAUAAGACUUUGAAGAUAUGGGACACAAAUACAUUGCAGCUGGCUGAAGUCUUUCACUUUGAAGGGACUGUUUACAGCCACCACAUGUCUCCACUGGCCACCAAGCAUAAUUUAAUUGCAGUUGGUACAAAAAACCCUAAAGUGCAGCUCUGUGACUUAAAAUCUGGUUCUUGUUCCCACAUUCUCCAGGGUCAUAGAGGGGAAGUGCUGUCAGUCUGCUGGUCUCCAAGGUAUGACUAUAUCUUAGCAACUGCAAGUGUGGACAGCAAGGUGAAGUUAUGGGAUGUUCGCAAGGCAACUGGAUGCCUAAUAACGCUUGACAAGAAUAAUGGAGAGAAGUCAAAGGCUUCUUCUGAAUCGGCAAACACUGCUCAUAAUGGCAGAGUUAAUGGGCUGUGUUUUACAAGUGACGGCCUUCACCUUCUGACCAUUGGAACUGAUGAUCGCAUGAGGCUGUGGAAUAGUGCAACAGGGGAAAACACUUUAGUUAACUAUGGCAAGGUGUGUAAUGAUAGUAGGAAAGGUGUCAAAUUCACAGUGUCUGUAGGCUGCAGUCCUGACUUUGUCUUUGUACCCUGUGAUAGUACCAUUACCAUGUACACUAUCUAUUCUGGUGAAAAGAUAAAUGUGUUGAGGGGACAUUAUAACAAUGCAGACUGCUGCGUUUUCCAACCUCAGUUCCAAGAGCUUUACAGUGGAGGCAAAGACUGUAACAUUCUUGCCUGGGUACCAGCACUGCGUGAACCUGUUCCUGAUGACGAUCCUAAAAAGUCAGGACCACAAAAACAUCUACAUCCAGCAUUUGAGGAUGCAUGGAGUAGCAGUGAGGAAGAAGGGUGAAUAAAACUGUAAUAAGCCAAACAAGUGGAACAUUUGUUUAUAAUUCUGCAGCAGGCUGCUUUUAUAUUAUGUACAUCACAACAGUUAAAUAUAUUUGCUGGCAUUUGUCUUUUAUUUAUUAAACAUUUUCAUCAAGAUUGAAA